CUCAUGUUGCGAUGCUUUCCCACUUUGUAGUCCAGUCCAUAGUGUCUUGCGCGAAGCUCGUCCUGCCAUUUCUUUUAUGGUCUGUCUUUCUCGUCGCUUCGUUUCUGCUUCUGGUGCGAGUUCCUGGGAUUUUCCUCUUGCUGGAGAAGUAGAUGGCUUGGAUUUUUGGGCUGGUCUUCUUGCUUCUUUGUCUCAGCACUGCUUCAAAAGCUCAGAUGCCCGGCUUUUUGAGUUUAGAUUGCGGAGGGACAGAGAAGCAUACUGAUUCUCUCGGUCUCUUGUGGACUCCUGAUGACCAAACUACCUUGGGUGGAACUGUUGCCAUAUCUACACCAGAAGAGGCUCGCAUGCAAUACAGAACAGUGCGAUACUUCCCUGCAGAUGAUAAUAAGUACUGCUAUACAUUGCAAGUGCAGAAUAGAACUCGUUACCUUGUAAGAGCCACGUUCUUGUAUGGAAAUUUUGGCACAAGUGAUGCCUACCCUACAUUCGAUAUCUCUCUUGGUGCUUCUUACUGGUCAACAAUUGUUAUAUCUGAUGAAAAUACCAUUGAAGUUGAGGAGUUAAUUUUCUUGGCUACAUUGCCAACAGUGAGUGUUUGCUUAUCUAAUGCUACCACCGGGCAACCAUUUAUUUCAACACUUGAGCUCCGCCAGUUCAAUGGCUCGCUCUAUUUCACAACUGUUGAAACUCAGUAUUUUCUCAGUCUUUCUGCAAGAAUAAAUUUUGGUGCUGAGAGCAAUUAUUCAGUCAGGUACCCUGAUGAUCCAUUUGAUCGAAUUUGGGAAUCCGAUUCUGUAAGGAAGGCAAACUAUCUUGUUGAUGUAGCUCCUGGAACUGAAAAAAUAUCUACCACAAUGCCUGUGGAUGUUAGCUAUGGUGAAAGGCCACCUGAGAAAGUGAUGCAGACAGCUGUAGUAGGUCGGAAUGGAUCUUUGGGUUACCGCCUGGAUUUGGAUGGUUUUCCGGGAUUUGGUUGGGCUUUUUCAUACUUCGCUGAAAUCGAAGAUUUUCAUUCUGAUGAGACGAGGAAAUUUAAGCUCUUUAUUCCGGGCAUGCCAGCAAUAAGUAAACCCACUGUUGAUGUCCAAGAAAAUGCUCAAGGACGGUUCCGGUUAUAUGAGCCAGGGUACUACAAUAUCUCCCUCCCAUUUGUAUUCUCCUUUGAAUUUAAGAAGACAAAUGAUUCAUCCAUGGGACCAAUUUUGAAUGCUUUAGAGAUAUACAAGUAUCUGCAGAUAAACUUUGGCUCUAAAGAUGCGUCUAUCAUGGCUAGUCUUGUUUCCCAAUACGUACAAGCAGAUUGGGCGCAUGAAGGUGGUGAUCCAUGUCUACCAGCUUCCUGGUCCUGGGUGCAGUGUAAUUCAGAUCCACAACCGAAAAUUGUUUCCAUUAAUUUGUCUGGAAAGAAUCUGACAGGGGACAUCCCUUUAGAACUAACAAAAUUGACCGGAUUAAUUGAUCUGCGACUAGAUGGUAAUUUGCUUACUGGUUCAAUACCUGAUUUUGGGGAAUGCAUAAAUCUAGAAUCCAUUCAUCUAGAGAACAAUCAGUUGAUCGGGACCUUACCUUCAACUUUUGCAAACUUGCCAAACCUAAGAGAACUAAAUGUAAGGAAUAACAAGCUGUCUGGAGUGAUCCCACAGGGACUCAUUGAUAAACAUAUCUCCUUCAACUAUGAGGGAAAUGCAGAUCUCGCCAGACAAAGGAAUGGCCUUAAUCACACUGUAAUCAUCAUCAUUAUUGUGGUUCUUGGAGUUUCUGUGACACUAGCUGCUCUUGUUACUUGCUUCGCAUUUGCACGUAAAAGAAAUAAGAGCCGUCAAAAUGGAAAUGUUGCGAGGAUCCAACAAACUAAGAAAUUGAGUACUUAUUUCAGUGAAGUUGCGACAGAAUCAGCACAUAGGUAUGCAUUGUCAGAAAUAGAAGAAGCCACUGGAAAGUUUCAGAAGAAAAUUGGUUCCGGAGGUUUUGGCAUUGUAUACUAUGGAAAGUUAAAGGAUGGAAAAGAAAUUGCAGUCAAAGUCCUUACAAAUGAAUCCUACCAGGGUAUUCGUGAGUUCUUAAAUGAGGUAACGCUGCUUUCAAGAAUACAUCACAGAAACUUGGUUACAUUUCUUGGAUACAGCCAACAAGAUGGAAAGAAUAUACUUGUCUAUGAAUUUAUGCACAAUGGAGCUUUAAAAGAUCACCUUCGUGGAUCUGCAGCUCUGAAAAGAACUGUUAAUUGGAUUAACCGUCUCGAGAUUGCUGAGAAUGCUGCAAGAGGGAUCGAGUAUCUUCACACAGGGUGUUCUCCAACUAUAAUUCAUAGAGAUCUAAAAAGCAGUAACAUUCUUCUUGACAAGAACAUGGGUGCUAAGGUCGCAGAUUUUGGUCUUUCAAAACCUGCUGUUGAUGGAUCCCAUGUUUCAAGCAUUGUUCGAGGGACUGUUGGAUAUUUGGACCCAGAAUACUACACCUCUCAGCAGUUGACGGAAAAGAGUGAUAUCUAUAGCUUUGGUAUUAUACUUCUUGAGCUCAUUUCGGGUCAAGAACCGAUAUCAAAUGAAAGAUUUGGAGCCAAUUUCCGGAACAUUGUUGCAUGGGCUACAUCAUACAUUGAGGGUGGAAAUAUUCAAGCAAUCAUCGAUCCGUCUCUUGAAAACGACUUCGAGCUGCAAUCAAUCUGGAAGAUUGCUGAGAUUGCUAUCCUGUGCGUCAAGCCACAGGGAAUUCAGAGACCAUCAAUAUCAUUGGUUCUCAAGGAAAUUCAAGAGGCUAUUGCCAUAGAGCAAAGUUCAGGGGUAACUAAUGGAGGUAUGAUGAUGACUGGAAACUCUCCAAGUUCUUCCUUGAAUUUGGAUUCAGUGGCCCUCACUGGCUCUGAGACUCAGAUGAAUCCUUCUUUUCUUAAAGUUUUUUCCCAACCAGUUCUCAGAUGAUAUUUAGGCGUUGUUUGGGACUGCUUUUUUACUGUUUUUUAAAGCAGCUUUUUAAUAUAAAAAAUAAAAUUAUUGUAUUAAAAAGCUGCUUUAAGAAGCUGUUAGAAAGUCAUCCCAAACGAAACUUUAAUCUUUUACAUAGGAUCUCUUCAUCUCAUUUGGUAUGAAUUGAUAUGUUUUUCUAGGGAUCAUCCUUGUGUGUAUUUUGUUGAUAGGGUGAAGCUAUAUUCUGGAAUGUGAAGUAGAAGUGCCAUGAUUUUGUUAUUAGUUGAGAGGCCUUUUGGUUCAUUAUUAUUUUA